AUGGUACCUUCACUUCUGUCGACGGUCAUCCUGGCGAUGACCGUCCUACCAGCAACCCAAGCAUGCAACUUUCAUAUGCAGAGACGAAGCAACACAUACUCUAAUCCACAUGCUCGUCGAGAUACACGAUUCCAACGGCGGGCCGAGGAGAUCGACUUCGAAUAUGUUAAUUCAUUUGACUGGCAUACCAUCAAGCCAGAAUACCUGACAUGCUUUACCGGCACAUCUCAAUCGCCCAUCGGCGUACAUUCAACACAAGGCUUGGCCACCACACAUCCACCGUCCUUUGCAGGUUAUCAGACAACGACAAACACGACGGGGACGUUCAAGAACUGGGGCUUCGGUCCGGCCUUUGAUAUCGAUAUGGUCAAUGAGGAUCCCACAACGCUUCCAGCUAUGACAUUCGAUGACCAGACGGUGUUUUUGAGUGGAUGGCAUAUACAUUUUCCGAGUGAGCACUUGGUUGAUGGGGUCAGAUCUGCUGCCGAGAUGCACUUCGUCCACGUCAACGCAGCCGGCGAGCCCGCCUCCGUAGUCGGCAUUCGCAUCGAGCCCUCAGUCACCGCUCACUCAGCCUUCUUCGCCCAAGUCCCGGCGGCCAUUCCCGCGCCCGCAAAUCCACCUGUCGAGGGAACGCCGGGUGUGCCAAUGGACCAUUUACUUGCGAUCCACGAAGUGGGCAUGGUUCAGCAGUACUGGACGUACAAGGGGAGUUUGACGACGCCGCCGUGUAGUGAGGGGUUGAGGUGGUUUCUGCCGCAGAUGACGCUGAAGGUUAGUGAGGCGCAGAUGCUGGCUUUGAGGGGAGCGGGGAGGUUUAGUCAUCGGAUUGAGCAGGUUGUAAUGAAUCAGGCUAUCAAUGUGUAA